AUCUUUUUAUAGCUAAUUCUUUUGAAACUAGCAAAGUUUGAAUUUUGUAGUAGUAUAACAUAUUGUACACGGAUGUUUCUACAGAUUGCACAAUUGUUGUAAAACUAAGGUAACAUAUCUGCACUGAUGAAACAUAAUGUAAAAAAGAUCAGAGUGUUCUCUUUUCCUGACUUUUUUUUAUUUGUCUGUCAUACAUUGUAUUUUGUCUCAUUUUAGUUCUUGGGGACACUUGUUAUCUCUGAUUCCAACGAUAAGUACACAUUUAUAUGAAAGCAGUUAGGAUCAUGAAUAAUUGUUCUCAGUGGUCAAACCAUGGGAGGCAACAACGGCAGUACACUAACACUGAUAUUUUUUUUAAUCUCACAGAAAUGACAGUCAAUUUCUAACAUCCGUUAUGCAUUUCAUUCCUGUUUAUUUCAUAACCUGCCUUUGUCUUUAUCCAUUGCUCACCCCCUUCCGGCUUUCGUUGUUCUUUCAAAGAAACUUCUAGUCAAAAGUUUUAAUCUUGCGUCUGAUUGAAUCUGAUGUUCCAAUUUAAUCUCUAACACAAGUGCUACGUAAUACAUUCUUGCACAAUGCAUCUUAAAUCUUUUGCAUCUGUACACUCACUGUCUGUGCUGCAAUUGAACCCCUUUUCUGGAGGCUCCAAGAUGUUGACACCUGUCAUCAUAUUGUACGUCCAACUCCAAGCCGAUCAUUAGCACAUAUGAAAUUUUAGAGGGUGUAACAGACAUUGACUUGGUUAUCAAUCUGAAGCUUCGGGAAGAGGCAUUAAUUGCCAAAUGUCUUGGGAGAAGGAUGUGCAGCGAGUGUGGAGGGAAUUACAAUGUUGCGUGCAUUGAUAUCAAGGGCAAACAUGGAAGCCCCGGAAUGUACAUGCCUCCUCUUCUUCCCCCUCCACAUUGUGAAUCAAAACUGAUUAUGCGAGCUGAUGACUCUGAAGAUGUUGUGAAGGAGCGCCUUCGCAUCUACAAUGAAUUGAGCCUACCAGUUGAGGAGUUUUACCGAAGUCGAGGGAAAUUGUUGGAGUUUGAUCUUCCUGGGGGGAUACCGGAGUCGUGGCCAAAGCUGCUACAAGCCUUAAGUCUUGUUGAUCAUGAAGACGAUAAGAAGUCUGCAGCAGCUUAAGUUCUGCCCUUGUGUGUAAACAUUAUAUUUACAUAUUUUGUCUAUCUCAGAAUCAUUCUUUGCAUUUUCCAUGGACGUGAAGCAAUAUAAAUCCAUUUAAUUUCCUUUUGAAUGAACUUUUUAAAUGGAAGUAUAUCGUUUUAGCCCGGCAAAAACGAUAAACUAGUCUAAAAAAUAAACCAAAAUAUAAACACGGGGAUUUUGACGUGGAAACCCAAAUCGGGAGAAAACCACGGGCCUUUUUUGGCGGUACCUUGCCAACGGGGGAUUUUUAUUAAUAUCGGGGGUGUGUACACGGUACAUGAUUUAGGCUUAGAAGCCAUUAAUGGUGGAGCUAGAAGCUCUUGAAGAAGAAAAAAAAACACUCUAAAAACUUAUAUAGAAAGGGAGAUAAAGAUGUGCAGGAGAUGAGUGAGUGAAUGGCCUCCCUUCACAUUGAGUGGGAGCCCUCCUUUUAUAGGAGUAGCUGGAGCAUCUACGGAGGAAUAUUCUAUUAUUCCUCCACUUUAUUAAACAGACCCGGUUUGACUGUCCUUCGUAAAUAAUUGGGAAAUGUGGGCCGAGCCACGUAUUAUUUCCCAUCAAGAAGUCCUCCACUUUUUUAAGUUGUGAGAAUCAUCAACUUAAAAAAGUAAACAAGUCCUCCGAGUGAUAUCUUCAGUCUUCGUACUUUGGAUUCUUGGCCGGUUGAUAUUAUUGCUAGUCCUCCGAGUCUUCAUUAAUUCUUUAAUUUCUUGAAUCAGAAGUUUUUCCUGCAAAAAAUAAUAUGUACAACAUUUUUUCUUGACCGGCCUAUGUCGUGCUCAAAUAAUUAUUAUCUUUACCGAGGAGCUCGGUCUUAG